AUGGAUGCUCAUCCUCACUCACCAACCCAUCAAUCUCCAGUAAUGGGCCAACAAUCCUUGGCUGGUAUUGCCUUUCAAGACUACGCCGAAAAAGAUCAAAUCAAACGUCUGGGAUACCAGGACCAAUCCAUCAAACAAUCUCGCAUUCCACUUUCGUCUAUCGGAAGUGAGGCCAGCAGCCAUCGAGUUUUUACUGAUUCCAACGGUAUCUCUCCACACUCCAGUCUGUUUGGCUCUGCACUCUCUAUAGCUGACCUUGAACCCCAUGGUCAUCAAGAUCUCUUGGUUGAAUUAGCCAUGGCCAGUCAGCAAUUAUCAAUCGAUGACCAAGACAAUCAAACCAACUAUACUGACAACGAAGCCGAUGAAGAUGACGAUGACGAACGACGAGGAUACCGAAAGGACGAUUGGCUAGAUAAUAUUACUGAAAGGAGCACAAGCACAUCUCAUCAGUGGAACAUAUGGGAAGAAUAUGAACCAGAAUACCGAAUGUUGAGUGAAAGCUUGGAAACAAUGAAACAAGCUAUAUACAAAGACAUUCAAAACACUCUAAAUGAAAUCAAGGCCCUCGACAGCAGCUUUGAAAUAACAAAGGCAGACUUUCAUGAAAAGAUGGAAGAUGCCUAUAGUGAUAUGGCCCUGUCUCUGAUGGAACGUCGCGACCGUUUAUUGAAACAAAAAAUGAAAUUUUCAAAAGAAUCAAACAUGGAUACCCAAGAAACUAUCCGAUUUCAAAGUGAAAAGGUAGCGUAUAUCCCAGAAGACUAUCACUUGACAUCCCUUGGUACAUUAAGGCGGGAUCCAGACAGUCUUUUGGCUACAAUGUUUUCUGGAAAGCAUGUAUUAACACCUGGAGGCGAUGGAUCAUAUUUUAUCGACCGAGAUCCAUCACAUUUUAGACUUGUCCUAAAUUACCUUCGUGAUCUUCGAAUUCCUCCAACAAUCCUUCAAGACAAGACAAUCCGUCAAGAACUGUUACAAGAAGCAAAAUAUUACCAGAUUCAAGGUCUAAUUGACCUGCUAAAAUCUCACUGGAGUUACGCAAAGACCCUUUAUGUUCCACAAGAUGAUCAGGAAGAAAAAAAGCGGUGCCAAAAUUUCAUAUAUAAAAGAUCUGUUUCUUUUGACUUGACCUCAACUUUGGGCACUAUGAGAGACCUUACCUGGUACUCUUGUACUAUCUUAUUACUUUCCUUGGCUGUUUCGACUGUUUUUGGUCAAGACGCUUCAUUCGACACUUCAGUCAACCAUUACGAAUCUAUUCAAGGUGUUCUGAAUGAUACUGCAAACGGAUUUUCAGUCGAAUAUCGCAAUUGGUACAAGGUUGUUCGUAACCUGGUAACUGAUGAAAGCUAUGCAGUCGUGUGCUGUAACCAAAACACUACUACCUUGAAAGGCUUUACUGCUGUUGUGAACGAACCCCUCCAGGAUGUGGGUGUCAGUGACGCUCAGAGUGUGUUAUCUUUUAUUGAAUUGCUUGGGUUAAGCGACGUUGUCAAGUCUGCAAAUUCCUACAAGGCAAUCACUUCUCCCUGCUAUGUCAAUCUCACUGCAACUCCCAAUACUGUUAGCGGAACAGUCGACGCUGUAUUUGCAACAAAAGCAAAUGCCAAUCCUUUAACAAACACUGCCUAUAUCAGUUUCUCUGCUGACAGCGAUACAUUAACACCUCUUCAGAAGGCAAGCUGGCUAGUAUAUGUUGGUCUCUUUUUUGGAAAGGAAGCCGAAGCAACGACUGCGUACCACAGUAUAGAAAACACUUACAAUUGUCACAAGACCAAUCUCGAGACUACGGGAAACGUGUCGAUUGCCUGGGCGUAUUAUAACACAACUACGUCCCAUUGGAAUAUUCCCCAAGAUGCUUAUCGCACUCAAUUGAUCCAAGAUGCUGGCAUGGAUCUUGUCAAGCCAGACAGCACUAGCAGCGGCACUUCAUCGGAAUACAGCUCUAUUUCUGCUUUCCAAAACGCAAUCAAUAAAGUGGAUUAUGUAAUCGAUGAUACCGAUCUUGAUGGAUUCAAAGAUCCUUCCUACACCGCUUGGCUCAACUUGACAGGAUUCAGUCUGGCCAAGGACGCCAACAAGACAUUUAUUGCUGGGAAACACACUUUCCGUAAUGAUCGUCUUUUAAGCAAAGAUGGCUUCUCUGAUUGGACCGAAAGAUCACCUGCCAGACCCGAUCUUGCCUUGACUGAUAUUAUUCAUAUGGUAUAUCCCACCUAUCAAAACUCCUAUUCUUUUGUGUGGUUCAAGAACUUUGCCAAGGGUGACCCGUCUCACUUGGUGUCUAGCGAUACAUAUCCCAGCUGCACAGACACGAGCGUGAUGCUGAAUCAAUUGGCCUGCAUUUCAGGAAAAUUCGUUCCUCCUCUAUCAGGUGCAAACUCAAGUAGCAGCAGCAGCAGUAGUAGUAGUAGUAGUUCUGGGGAUACAAGCAUGACCAAAUCAUCUGGUUUGUCAACCGGCGGUAAGGUUGGAGUAGCAAUUGGCGUACUGGCAGGUGUUGCUGCGGUUGUAACGGCUGGAUACGUUACUCACAAGCGCAGAUCAAGUGGACCUACAGGAACCUUUUACAAAAUGAAUGAUGUAUAA